AAGUGAAGCAAAUUAAACCACAUAACUACGGUAGAGGAGUUUCCUGUGAGUCGGUUAGUGCGCAAAGAGAAUCCGAGCAGUACAGUACAUAGGAAAUGACUCAUAGGAGUUGAACUGUUAGCGUGGGUGUGUGCGCUAUUAAAACAAGACUCAGAGUCCUCCGGGUGACUCACUCUGAUGCUCGCUUUUCCAUGCUGAAAACCAGCACGGAUUGUUAAUCAGAUGAACUUUCGGGAAUUGUGUAGCCGACAGCGAGCAGCUUUUUACCCGCCGACAACAUGGCUUCAAACGCUCUCUGCGCGCUGUGCGGACUUAUUAUAGCGACUGUGAUCAAUGUAUACGGUGUGAGCGCACAGAAAAGUCAGUGUGGCAGGUUAGAGUUUUGGAACCCUGAUUUCGAUGUCUGUGUGCCCUGUGCAUCAUGCAAGCAGUACCCAAAGACCCCGUCAUGCAACACAUGUAACCAAUUUGUGGAUGAGACAUCUGACGUGUGGAAAAUGGCAGCCAUUACCAGCUUCUCAGUGCUGGCUGUGGUGCUGGUCGGCGCUGCGCUGAUUAUCGGGGUCAUGGUGCAUCGACGCAAGUCACACAAACGGCCUCUACGUGAACCCAUUGAAGAAACUGCUGGGCCACUUUAUCAAGCUUAAACAUUUCACCUCAUCUUCCUCUGGAAACAGAUGUGACAGAACCAAGGAGCAACUGGUUCAGAAUCCGGAUGGAGGAACUUCUGGACCAUGGACUGUAUACUCUGACUGCAGGGUAUCUCUUCACCAGAAUUGGACCAUUUUAAUUUAUUAGACUGUUGAGAGAAGAGACGUGCUCAGAUCUCACCCUCAGUGUUGGUCCGACAGCGACCACAGGAAGGACUCUCACACCUCUGUAUAGUAAAAGCAAUAUAUAUAGUGGUAUCAUUCUCACAUAUUGUGCCUUCAUAUUCCACUUAAUUAAUGUUUUGGUCUGGAAGACCUUUGUCGGUUUACAGAUGUUUGAUUCGAAAAGAAAUACUACAGUACUUUCUUCAGAGAGAAAUUCUGUAUUGUAUUUCCCAGCAGGACUCCGAUGAAUGUAACACAGCUACUGCUGCCUGCUGGGCGGCAGUUUGACCUCCUGCUAUUCAGCGGGGUUAGACGGGUCAUUUACCAUAACAGCCUCUUAAAGAUAAAUCACAUGUGAACUGUUAGGCACAUUAAGGCCAUUUGAAUGUAGCUCUUUAACAGUAGGUGAAAUGUAUUCUAGCCUCCGUCCCUGCCAGUACCUGUGUGUACCUGCUCUUUUAGUCACCUGAGCAAGCUGUUGAUUAACAGUCACUGUUACUGGGUCUCCUGAGAUCAACACAGACCCUUUAUUGCAGGUUAUUACAAUAUUGUCUUGUCUUUUUUAAUGUUACUAUGUUUUAGGAGAUGUUAGCUGGACUUUCCUUUCUAUCACAACCUCAGAAUUCACACAUUACUUCCCUAACACUUGUAGGGCAGGAUGUUUGAAACACUAGACACACAAUAUCCCAAACUGCUAACAUGUGUUAAUGUUGCGAGGAAUGUAGUGUAGUGAAGGAAAUGACCCCUACAGCACUUUAGGUGGAGCUACACAAUCACUAUGCUUACUCAAAUUCUGACCUGUCGAAUCGUUUGAGAUCUGAAGAUAUAUGUCGAGAUGUCGGUUUGUUAUUUUGUAGCCAGUGAGAACCAUGGUGGCCAGGGUUGUUGUUUUCCACCUUCUUAUAGUACGGGAUGUUUUCUAUCUUCAAAGCAUCAGCACUAUGUGGUUACCGACAUUUUUAGGUGACCGACAGUGUUUAUAGGUCAUAUUUUGGAUCCGUCUGCUUGUGCUUAUACCGCUUGCCCUCUGGCAGGAAAAUUAGGGAAUUAGUUAAAAUACAGACACUUCCUUUUUUUUUUCUCUUUAGAUCUGUAUAUUAUUUAUUUUUUUAAGUAUCUUGCGGUGUUGUUUUGCAUCAACUGCGAGUGACAAGCACAUUUUUAAAGGGACUCCAGUGAGGAUUUUUGUUAAACUUCCAGCAGGCCAGCUAAUGAUGAUACUGAGCAAUGACUAACAUUUUCCCCUUAUUUCUCUUGCUUUCUAUUUCUAAUUGUAUAUACUGUACAUGCACUGGCUUCUUUUACUUAAUGCAAUCUUAUAAACUGCUCUGUGUACCAAAUGUAUUUUCACAAUAAAACAACUUCCAAUAAUAA